GAGACAGCAACGUCAUCGGCAAUUUAAAAUUUCAAAACAGCUGCUUUUGUCGUGGACGUGUGUUCUCGGAGACAGCUACAAUAUCACAGGACAAAAUGGAGUCUUUGGCAGACCGCCUGAAGAUGAUGGUUAAAGUCUUCAGGAGAGAGUGCCACAGGGUUUUACACUCUGAGAGGACCACCAUUCAUGGAGCUGAUGACAUGCUGAUGGUGCUGCAGCUGGCUAUCGCAGAAGUUAAUAAGCAGCACGGCAGAGAGUUCAAAGUGGCUCUGAGUGAUGUCCUGAUGGCCUGGAAACACUUACUGCUAGACAAACUUCACCUGCCACCCCCCGGCUCUGCACGCUUGGAGAACUAUGAUCUCAUCCUGGAGGCAUACGAGUCCUUCCUGAAGCGCUCCAACACCGUGGACCUGGUUGAUGUCUUCUCCAUGUACAAACAGCUGAGACCGGUGGAGUCGGAUCCAGAGGAGCCCGUGAGCUCGAUCCAGCUGUUUGAGUUCUUAUCAGGCAGCAUGGAGGUCUCAGAGCUGCCAGACUCCUCGGUCCCGUCAACACCGUCUAGUAAAAACAGAUCCUGCAGCUCACAGGUGAAAAUGGCCAUGAGGAGGGUUUUCUGCUCCUAUCUCAACUUGCUCGUGAACUCCAAGAACGACAUGGCCUUGGCUCAAACCCUCGACGUCCCGAGUCGCGCUCUCGGCCGACAGGCAUUCACGGACCUGAAGCACGCUGCACAAAACAGCAACAAUUCUCUGUUCUUGACCGUGACAUCUUUCGUGAGGGCAAUCCAGCUCGGAGGGAAAGGCUACGCUCCAGCCGAGUCCGACCCGCUGAGGAAACACGUCAAAGGCCUGUCGGACUUUGUCCAGUUUCUAGACAACUUGGAUGAAAUACUGGGAGAGAUUCCAGACCCGAGUGCGUGCGGAGCCCGGCUGGUGGCCGCCAUCAGGGCAGCGCUGGUGAAGGGACGCAGCAGCGGCGACGUGGUGUACGCCGCGGCAGACGAGACGGCUAAGGAGCUGAGGGAGAGAAUCUGCCAGCUACACCAGAUCCAGAAACAGACCGCUAAUGGAGGCGGAACGGGGAUCAGCCCUGCCAGGCCAAAGGCGCACGCAAUCAAUCACGCCACGGCGUACGGAGGUCGGGACACCGUGAAGGUGCUGAUGGCUCUGCUGGACGAAGAAGCGUCGACGCCUCUGUGUCGCAACAAGGCGGAGCUGCUGUCUGAGGACCAGCCCGGCCUCGAUGGAGCCGAGGGGAUCUGCAUCCUCACCUUGUUCAGAUCCCCUGAAGUGUCUACUGGAUGUUCUCCAGAACCUCUAAAGAACCGAGUCCAGAGCCGGCUAGAGCUGCUCAAACCCAAGACCAAAGACAGAGUCAUUCGAUCCCAGUUUGCGUGCACGUACAAAGAUGAUGAGCUGCCACUCAACCGUGUGCUGGAGUUCCCCAGCAGCAGCCAGGUCCCGACCUGUGUGCACCCAGCUCCCAAACCCACAAACACGCCAGCUGUGGAUGAGGACGAGGACGAGGAGGAGACGACCACAGCCAAGCCUGAAUGUCUAAAUAAGGAGCAGAGCGCUGAGCAGUGGGGGGCGACUGCUGCUGCUGCUGCUGCUGCUGCUGCUCUCGGGCAAAGAAGUGGAAAUGCCCAAAACAGAGGUGCAGCAGGCCCGGGCAGUAAAAAGAAAAGCGGUGCUCAGACGCAGAGCAAGAGCAACAAGAGGAAGCAGGUGGAUUCUGACCAACAUGGAGGAUCAGAGAAUGAGCCUCCACAGAAGAAACAGCCCGCGGUCAAAAUGCCCAGCAAGACCACCAGCAAGGCCUCGAGUAAGAAGAAGCUGAUAGCCGGGCAGGGUAAGCUAACCAGCUUCUUCAGAGUCUAAUGAUCUCUGGUUUCAUGAAAGGACAGCGGACGGACUUUAGUAUCUAAAAUAAUGGUCAGCAGAUGACUGGAGACUUCAUUGGAAUGUUCAAUGAAUGUGUUGACGUUAGCUUAGCGUUUUGGGAGUAAUGCUCAUUUGCAUUAGAUGAGAAAAUCAAUGGCAUUCUCUCGUCUGUGCACUAAAUAUGAAGCUAUUGCUAGCAGGUGAUUAGCUUAAAGGCCCAAAACGGAGAGAAACAGCAAGCAAGCUAACCGCUAACGAGUAAAAUACAUAAAGUUGGGAAACCAUUUGAAACCAUUCUCCUGAAUUCUAGUUCCCCUGCUAACUAAGCUAAUCAGCUGCUAGCAGUAGCUUCAUAUUUGACACACCUUUUUUUUUUUUUCUUUUUUUUUUUUUAGUGAUUAAAACAAAAAGCAAGAUGUGAUAACAUUUAGAGAUGCUGAUAGACAGAUUCUUUAAAAUUUGGUGGAGCUAGGCAAACAGUUUCCCCAAAUUUGGGACCCUGUGCUAAGCUCGGCUAUCUGGCUGCUAGCGGUAGCUGCUGCUUCAAAUGUAGUUUACAAUGUAUCAAUCUUUUCAUUUAACUUUAUUUAUUUCCCAAAGUUUUGAGGCAUUAGCAUCGUGGAAAAGUGUGUGUGAGGGGAUCAGUCUGAUAGCAGAUCAUUA